AUGUCCCACUGGAUUCCUGCGAACUCGAUACUUCCAUACAUACAAACACUCGGCUUGCUAGUGACUUUAUGCGUGAUAAUCCGAAAGCUGCGUGCCCAGCCCAGUCCUUGGGCUGCGCUCCCGAGGAUACCCAUCUUGGGAACUCUACCAUAUGUAACUGGCCCUAACUUCCCUUUGCAAUGUUCAGGAUGGCGCAGGAAAUACGGGCAGAUAUAUAGUUAUAAGCCCGGUUUAGCACAAGAGAUACUGGUAGUGUGUGGAGCGAGACUCGCAAGGGAAUUAUUCAUCACGAACAGCCAGUCUUUUCAACAUCGACAUUGUCCCUUUUUCUACGCGCGCGAAUUGAAACUAGAAGACCAUUUCACUCCGCUACUUGACUCGUCGCCUGCCAUCCAAACUCAGCGUCGUCUGAUCUACCAAGCCAUAAAAGCUAGCAUCACGCGCGGCAAGGGUGCAGCGGUACAUAGAGCAUCUCUGGGUCUAUUACAAACUCUACGAUCUCAUGCCAAUGACCGAAGGAGUCCAGUUUUAGAUCUUCAACAAGUCAUUGCCGAUGCGGUCGGUCUCUCGGCGCUCAGUCUGAGUUAUGGUUUCGAUUGGACGAUCAAGGACUUGCGAGCUUGUAGAGAGGCGGCCGUCUUGUUCGCAGAAGUACCCAAAUACUUUGCAUUCUUCAACUGGAUCAACGAGCCCUCUGUUGCAUUCCCUUUCCUCACUCGUCUGCUGGGCACGCGGACCCAGAGAAUAAGGGAAUCGGCCACACAGGCUGCCCAAAACCUAUUAGAAAGCUACCAGGGGCUUUUUGCGUUAACCAUGGAGAAAGUUCGUAACGAAGGAGUGGGCUCUUUGGAUGACUCGGUGGCCCGAAUUUUAUUAUCAGACGAUGAUGAAGACAUUCCGGUCUACAGGCAAAGUAUCCUCUGUGGAAGCGCAGCGACCGCGGCAUUCUCCACCACGGCCGGUACGGUGCAUUUGCUGGUCGGUUGUCUGGCCGCUUAUCCAGAGUGGCAAACCAAACUACAGAGUGAAGUUGAUCGCCUUGCCAAAACACAAGACCCACUCAACUCAAGUAAUGGACUUCCGGGCUUCGUGUCUGACAAAGACCACGAAGAUGCUUGUCUCACAUGGGCCUUUAUUGAUGAAGCUUUGAGAUACUAUCCCAUUUUUCCUAUAAAUACGCGCGUUGCAAAUCAGGAUUAUACUUUGCACGAUGGUCGAACUAUUAAGACGGGCCAAAUUUUGUUCACUGUCCCUGCAGCCAUCAACCGAGAUCCUGAACUGUACGAGGACCCAGACACAUUUGACCCCACCCGUUUCCUGAAUAAUGACACAGGCUCGGCGAAGUUGGAGAAAGGGAUGAAACUGAACUGGCCUAAAUAUAGGCAUGUAUCAUUCGGAAGCGGCCGGCGAAGUUGUCCGGGAUCCGAACUGGCAGAAUACAGUGUAUUUGUCCUGCUCACACAACUGGUUCACUGCUUUGAAGUGAAAUAUGAGGAUGACGCAUCACAUGCUAUUGGAAUCCGACCAGAACUCGUCGGAUUAGAAAACCAUUUUUCAAUUCCCAAAAUAAAAUUCAUUCCAAGAAGAGAUCUUUCUCAUCUCUGA